ACGCGUGCGUGCAUAAAAAGCCCUCCGCACCGCGACUCACGGCGCCUGCUCCCCGCGCGCACCAGCACAUCCAGCUCCCCGAAUCGCGCCGGGACGCACACGGGCAGACACACGAACCGGACCGGACGAAAUGGCGACGCUCUCCGUCCCCGCCGCCGUCCCGGCCGUCGCCGAGGACUGCGAGCAGCUGCGCAAGGCGUUCGCGGGGUGGGGCACCAACGAGCGCCUCAUCGUCUCCAUCCUGGCGCACCGCGACGCCGCGCAGCGCCGCGCCAUCCGCCGCGCCUACGCCGAGGCCUACGGCGAGGAGCUGCUCCGCGCCAUCGGCGACGAGAUCCACGGCAAGUUCGAGAGGGCGGUGAUCCAGUGGACGCUGGACCCGGCGGAGCGGGACGCGGAGCUGGCCAACGAGGAGGCCAAGAAGUGGCAGCCGGGGGGCCGCGCGCUCGUCGAGAUCGCCUGCGCGCGCACCCCCGCGCAGCUCUUCGCCGCUAGGCAGGCCUACCACGACCGCUUCAAGCGCUCGCUCGAGGAGGACGUCGCCGCGCACGUCACCGGCGACUUCCGCAAGCUUUUGGUGCCUCUUGUAAGCGCAUACCGCUACGAUGGCCCGGAGGUGAACACAUCGUUGGCACACUCUGAAGCCAAAUUACUCAACGGAAAGAUCAACGAGAAGGCCUACAGCGAUGAUGAGGUCGUCAGGAUUCUCACUACAAGGAGCAAGGCUCAGCUACUCGCAACAUUCAACAGCUACAAUGAUCAGUUCAGUCACCCCAUCACCAAGGACCUCAAGGAAGACCCCAAGAACGAGUACCUCUCAACCCUGAGGGCGAUCAUAAGGUGUUUCACCUGCCCUGACAGAUACUUUGAGAAGGUCGUCCGGUUGGCCCUUGGAGGCGUCGGCACAGACGAGGACACCCUUACGAGGGUCAUAACCACUCGCGCUGAGGUGGACCUGAAGGUGAUAAAGGAGGCGUACCAGAAGAGGAACAGCGUCCCGCUGGAGAAGGCUGUUUCCAAGGAAACAAGCAGAGACUAUGAAGAUAUGAUGCUUGCACUUCUGGGGGCAGAGUACUGAGGCGUGUGUCUGAUCUACCAUAUGCUUGAUGAUGGGGGAAUAAAAGUGCAUAAAACUGCGAAAUGUGUUGUUUUUCAUGGAUGAUUAUAAGUUAGCCUGCAUGGCAGUACUCGUCCGAUAAACUAUAUAAUUUUGUCAAUUGAGCUGCAGAAAUAUCAUUGGUGUUUUUUGAAGUUUA